UCCUGAACGUUACAUUGCAGACGUACUGCCGGUGGGCGGGGUUUCGCUUUCAGCAGUAUUUACCUGGUGGCCUGGGAAACUCAGCUGUCAGCUGUGUGGACAGUGGAGAUGGCAGGGAACAAGUCUUACACUAUAGUAGAAUAUUUUGGCGGAGAUGACGGCUACCGUUGUGGUUAUUGUAAAAACGAAAAAGGCAACUUUUCUAACGGUAUGUGGUCUCAUACUAUGACCGUACAAGAUUACCAGGAUCUAAUUGAUCGAGGAUGGCGAAGAAGUGGUAAAUACGUUUACAAGCCCACGCUGAAGAAGACCUGCUGUCCACAGUACACCAUCAGAUGUCAUGCUCAGAAGUUUCAGCCUUCCAAAUCCCACAAGAAAGUACUGAAGAAGAUGAGCAAGUUCAUAUCCCAAGGGGAACUGCCAAUUGGACGAGAAGACGAGGAGCCAAUGGACUCUGUGUGGAGUGAGGCUGGUCCACGGGAACCAACUAAAGCCUGCCAGUCAGACGUGACGUGUGCCGAUAUCACAGAUAUUCAUCAGGAAGUACCAAAGUGUCCUCCUGUUGUAGAAGUUCAGGAGGAAUUAGGAGACUCUUCAGCUUCAAGCUCUGAGAGCUCACGGAAAGAUCCGGUGUAUCUACCUAAACCAGGGAAGGGAGCGGAUCCAAACCGGCCACCAUGUAGGAAGGCUAAAGACUUAAGGAAGGAGCGCCGACUUCAAAAGGAUCAGAUUAGACAACAUGCUGAUGUUCCCAAUCCCAAUCCCACUCGAAGCAACCAGCCUAAAUCAUUAGAGGACUUCAUCAGGGAGUCUUUGGGGGAUGACGCCUCUCAUCAGCUCGAGGUGAGGCUAGUGCGCUCCAAUCCCCCUAGCCCGCAGUUCAAAGCCUCUUUCGACGCCUCCUACCAGGUGUACAAACUCUACCAGAUGGCCAUUCACAAGGAUCCUCCUCACAAACCCUCCGAGAGCCAGUUCCGGAGGUUUCUCUGUGAUUCACCACUAGAGGCAGAAUCCUCUCCAGAUGGGCCAGAGGUGGGCUACGGCUCCUUCCACCAGCAGUACUGGUUGGAUGGACGCAUCGUGGCAGUAGGAGUGAUCGACAUCCUGCCUACCUGCGUGUCCUCGGUCUACCUGUACUACCACCCAGACUUUGCAUCACUGUCUUUAGGCUCCUACUCUGCUCUCAGGGAGAUCGCCUUCACCAGGCAGCUGCAGAAGCAGUCCCCCAAGCUGUCCUACUACUACCUGGGCUUUUAUAUUCACUCCUGCCCCAAGAUGCGAUAUAAGGGUCAGUACAGGCCCGCAGACCUCCUGUGCCCAGAGACGUACGCCUGGGUACCAAUAGAGCGAUGUGUAACCAGACUGGAUAACUCCCACUACGCUCGUUUAAACCAGGACCCUGAUGCAGGAGAUGCUCUGGCGCUGAAGGACGUGGGCAGAGUUCUGGUGCUCUACAGACGGACCGUCAUGCCCUACGCAGCCUACACCCGCAAACGGAAAGGCCCCAGCGACGAGGCGACGGUGCAGCAGUACGCCGGCUUGGUGGGGCAGGACUGCGCUGAAAGGAUCUUGCUUUUUCGCUCCUAAAUGCAAAGGAUUGAAACCCUUUAAACUUCCUAGAAAGUUCUUGUCUGUCUAUAAAAGUACUCUCUGCUGCGUCUCCCUGUAGCCUCUUCAUGUUUACCUCCACAUGCAGCAGCGUCACCACCGUCUCUGUCCACUCGUGCAUAUUAGUCAAUCUGUCACCAGCUUUUAUUGUUCUUCAUCUGUUCCAGAAUGUUGACCAGAAUGUUUUCAUUAGACAACCUGUCCUCUACGUUUGUUGAGUCGUUUCUGAAGCAGUAAAGGAACAUCUCGCUGAAGGUGGGAACUCCUAGAUUUGUGUCAGCACCGCCUUCCGGAGAUCAUCUCCACUUAACGUCGAGUUUCAGAGUAAAUUUGACGUUUUUAAAAAUCUGGUUUUCUGAUGACGAAAAAUGUUUCAUCACCUGAAUUUUGAGCCCCUAAGUUGUAUUUAGUUUUAUGUCCUUUUAUUGUGUUUUGUGUGUGUGUGUGUGUGUGUGGUAAACCAAAUAAAUGGGUUGCUUACUGUC